UCAACAUAAAGUCCUACAAGUAUUAAAGGGGAAAAAAAUAUGUCAGGAACUACUAAAUAUUGAUUACAUUAAAAAAACGGAUAUUUCCGAUAAAACAUGACCCCAAAAUAUAUAAUUCAAAGAAUCGUAAGCAGUGGGACCAAAAAGGAGGAAAGUUGAAUCAGAUCUAAAUGUGUCCAGUUCUCUGGAACAUUGGUGACGACGUAUUGAACCAUGGACUCCUCUGUGCUGCUUGCUUUUAAAAUCUUAGUCGGUCUCAUGGUUUUAAUCUACAUAUUUUUUUACAUAAGCAUUUACAUGACAAGUAAGGUCAUUGAGGAAAGGAAAAAAUAUAAUCCUGAGAACUUUUCCGAUGAUAUGCUGAGGAAGAUUUUAAAAUCCCAUCCGGUUUGUACUUUAGGAUACGCUUACUGUAUAGAGGAGUACAUGAAGUUUGACUAUCAAGCUACGAGCACAGAGAAAAUAUGCCUUUUACUGACUGUUUAUUUAAAGUGCAUGUUUGAAAAAUGUGAAGUAAAACUUGCUAAAAAGAGACUCGAGGCCAAAGAAAAUCUUCUUGAAGAUCUGAAAUAUUUUGCAACAAAUUUCACAUGCGAUUUUGCAUUUUCAAGCUAUAAUGCAACGUGUUUAUAUGGGGAACAAUACUGUCAAAGAAAGGUGAACCCAAAGGGAGAGAAACAUGAUAAACAGACUUUAUGUCGGUAUUACGAGAAAUAUCUUCGCUGCUUCUUCAAAGAAUGUGUAAUGACGAUCCCUAAACAGGAAAAGUACAUUGAAAAUCAAGAAAAGGCGUUAGCUGACAAAGGUGUCACAUGCGAUUUUAAUUAUAGACGCCUGGUCGUGAAAGGCGACGAGUAUGAUUGUACAGAAAUGAACCACUUGUACAUGUGUAGAAAUAGAGAGUGUAUUCAUGAAGAUCUGGUUUGUAAUGGCGAAGAAGAUUGCUGGGAUGGUUCAGACGAACGACACUGUGAUUGGAAAGUUGAUAUGGAUCUUGAUCUAUAGCCAAGCACUUGAGUAAUUUAUAAUACAUAUAUAUAUCUUUUUUGGUAUUUAAAUUGAGAAGAUAAUGAUAUUGUUCUGUUGUGGUUUUGUCCUUAAUACUAAUUCAAAAGUGAUAAUGACUGAUUUCCAAAUAAUGUUUAGUAAUAACAAUGCUUCUAUUGUCCAAUUUAAAUAUUUUUUUCCUAGUUUUUUUUUUAAACAUAUCUAGUGCUAAGUUUUCUUUAUUGAUGAUUUUAUUGAAAAAUCAAAUGAACUCAAAUGUCUAAACCUUAAAAAAAAUAAUUUUUUGUCAAUUCUAAAUCUUCUUAUCGUAACUUUGUCAACCGCAAUGGAUGACACGAUAUUUUACGAAACCCAAUCUUGGAUAUAGCUAGACUUUUGCAUAAUUAUUUCUUUUACCUGACAACACACGAAUCAAUUGAAAAAGUCAACCAACUAGUUAAUAACUAUUGGUAAUUAAUUACUUUGUUUGGUAUAAAUGUUAUUUUAUAAUAAAAAAGAAGUAUUAACAAAU